GAAGCGCGGAUAUGUUCCCCAGGCGGCUCUAAGCUGACUCGCAGUUGCUUCCCCCGCCAGGCUCAGCAGAAUCUUUCAGUAUGAACAGUACUGACCAUGUGAUUGGUGGCAUUUGUGCAAUAUGUGGGGACCGAGCAACUGGCAAGCAUUAUGGUGCUUCUAGUUGUGAUGGAUGCAAAGGCUUCUUCCGACGCAGCAUACGAAAGAGCCAUGUUUACAGCUGCAGAUUUAGCCGGCAAUGUAUUGUUGAUAAGGACAAGAGAAAUCAGUGCAGAUACUGUCGCUUAAAAAAGUGCUUUCGUGCUGGAAUGAAGAAGGAAGCUGUUCAAAAUGAACGGGACCGAAUAAGUACCAGACGAAGCACCUCUGAUGGCGUUGCUCCUCCUUCUAUUAACACACUGUCCCAGGCUGAAGUGCUUUCUCGUCAGAUUCCUCUUUCAAGUUUAAAUGUUGGCACUACUGACAUCAGUGUGAAGAAAAUUGCGGGUAUUAGUGACAUUUGUGAAUCUAUGAAGCAACAGCUCUUGGUUCUUGUAGAAUGGGCAAAAUAUAUCCCAUCUUUCUGUGAACUACGGCUGGAUGACCAGGUUGCCCUGCUAAGAGCACAUGCUGGAGAACAUCUUUUACUUGGAGCAGCAAAAAGGUCUAUGGCUUACAAAGACAUUAUUCUUUUAGGUAAUGAUUUUGUCAUCCAUCGUAACAGUUCUGAAACUGAGAUUAGCAGAGUAGCAAACCGGAUCCUGGAUGAGCUCAUUAAACCAUUUCAGGAAAUUCAGAUUGAUGAUAAUGAGUAUGCAUGCCUAAAGGCGAUUGUAUUUUUUGAUCCAGAUGCAAAGGGACUGAAUAACCCAAUGAAGAUCAGGAACAUGAGAUUUCAAGUUCAAAUGAGUUUGGAGGAUUAUAUCAAUGACCACCAAUAUGACUCCAAAGGUCGCUUUGGAGAACUCUUGUUGCUUCUGCCGACAGUUCAGAGUAUCACCUGGCAAAUGAUUGAGCAAAUACAAUUUCUAAAGUUGUUUGGUAUGAUUAAAAUUGACAGUUUACUUCAGGAAAUGUUGCUUGGAGGUACAUUUAAUGAUGCUACUAAUCUCCACUCAAUUCAUCCUCAUCUAGCCCAGGAUCCAGUUACUGGGCAAACUCUGCUUAUAAGUUCAAUAACAGCUUCUGCUCAUACAGAACAGAUAACAACGCCUGAAACUCCACUACCUUCACCUCCACAAGGUUCUGGCCAGGAAUACAAGAUAUCUCCAAACCAAGUUACAGUUAUUUCGCAGCAAUCUCUUCCAAAACAAAAAACAUUGUGAUAUUGAUCAAUGGUUCUUUUAUAUUAUAAGCACUGCAUUAACAAUCUUGAUGUUGAAAAACUCAGGGUAGAGAACUUUGAUCCAGAUAGAAUAAAAGAGCUUUGCUUUUGUUUGUUUGUUUUUUAUAAUUUUUGCUCAAUGCCGUGAAUUGAGAUAUUUGUGGAUGUUAAUAUUUGAAAGCUGUGCCUUCUUUGCAAUGCCUUUAAAUAAUCACUGAAGAACAUUA